GUUGUAGACUGAAGAAUUAAUUCAUGAUGUGAACUAAAUUUAUCAACGCAAGCUUCAUUACUUUUCACGAACUUGAUAUAAUUAUUUGAUAAAUGGUGUUAAAUAAAUAAUUAUUUUAGUGACACGCAGAGAUAGAUGUGAUAUCAAAUAAUAAUAAUAAUAGAUGGAACAAAACGUGUAAUUAUUAUAUGUGUGUGGUGUGAGUGUGUUGUGACGUUAUACCGUGUUCACGGACGUGUCUAAGCGUGACUCACGAUUCUUCUUAAUUCCUCGAGUGUAUAAUUAGCACAAGGAUCGUUCUAACUCGUCGUUUAGUUAUUUUUCCCAUUGUUCCGUGCGAUUUUCAUCGCGAGCGUGCGAAAGAUUUGUGACGAUGCGAUAUAUGUUGUGUUCGAUGUAAGGUGUGUUUAAGCCCCUCUCUCUCUUUUCCUUUUACUCUCGCAUGCAUCUUUCGUCCCACGGUGUUACUCGUGCUGGCGGAGCAGACGAGAUUAUGUAUCCAGCUCACCGGCCGGUAAGAAGCGCCGCGCCGCCGCGCCGGUUGAUCCGCAAGAAAAAUCCGCAACUUUGUGCCUCGGAAUUUUUCCACGGAAUGCGUAUAGAACUCUCUCUCGAGCGUCUUUUCACUCAAGUUUCAUUGAAAGGGUAUACCGCCGCUUGAUGCCCCUGGCGCGAGUUCGGAAGCGGUAGACUUGUCGAGAGGCGACCAGAAGGAAGACGAGAACGAACGUUUGGAGGAGCCAGUCGCCCCGGCGAGUCAAGAGAUGGGUUGCUGCGGUUGUGCGGACGAGCCUUCGUCCAAAGUGGAACCCACGACACCUGAUAGUCAAGGCUCGCCGUCGAAUUAUUCGGAUCAGAUAUUUGUCAAGGACCGAUCAUGCACCGAUUUUCUGGCUAUAAUCGUCGUACUCGUUUUGGCGGGUGGUUCCAUCUUCAUGAUGACGAAUGUGGUAAAGAAGGGUGACAUUUACCGCGUGAUAAAUGGAAUCGAUGAUUGCGGAAACGUCUGCGGCCGCGUAACCUCGCACGAAAGCGACCCGAAAUUUGCGUGCAAGGGUGCCGAUCAUACCAGAAAACCGUAUCUUGAGAUUGAUAUUGAAGCCAAUGGAGUGAAGCAACGUAGGUGCGUGGCAAAUUGCACAGUGGACGAAAACAAAAGAUUAUUCCUGAAUCGCUGUAUACACAAGAAGGUGACAGAAACUCUUAAUUCUAUAAUAAGGGGCCUUCGUUUGGACAGCUUUUACAAUGACGCAGUUACUGAUCUGGGAAUCGCAUGGCUCGAAUUGAUUUACCUUUUGCUCAUAGCUUUGGCACUUUCUCUCGGUAUCCUGGUGGCCUUCCGCUAUAUGGUACAAUAUGUCAUUUAUGUCGUAUUGAUCGGCGCAGUUUUGGCUUGCAUCGGCGGCACAACGUAUCUCUGGCUAGCGUGGUAUCGCGAGAAGAAGAGCACGGAUAAGGGUGAAAUUGACCCGGAGGAUUCCAGCGUGGAGCCUUACUUGAUCUACGCUAUUAUUAUGUCGGUCGUUGCUGUCAUCGUGCUUCUGGUGAUUCUGGUGAUGAGAAAGAGAAUCGAGCUGGUCAUGCACCUUUUCCGGGAGGCGGGUAAAGCCGUGUAUUCGAUGCCGGCAUUGCUGUUUCAGCCGAUUUAUACGUAUUUGCUGAUCGGGUUCACGGUAGUAGCGUGGGUCUACUGUAUGUUAUGGAUCGAGAGUGCCGGUGACAUUUAUUUGAAUAAGAAAGGUCACAUUCGUUUCAAGAAGGAUGGAUUGCUCAUUGCAACAAGGUGGUACAAUCUGUUUUUAUUCUUCGUGGCGUGUGAAUUCUAUUUGGGUUGCCAGCAUAUGGUCGUCGCUUGCGCUGUUGCCCGAUGGUUCUUUACGAGGGACAAAAAACGUCUUUCUUUACCAGUGGCGAAAGGUUUCGGAUAUCUCAUAAGAUAUCAUAUGGGGACCGUGGCUUUCGGGGCUUUGAUAAUAGGCGUUGUUCGAGUGAUCAGAGCCAUGAUCUCCUUCGUCCAAAAUCAUCUGAAACAAUACGACAACGCUUUCGUGAAAGGAAUACUAUGGUGUUGCCAGUGUUGUCUCUGGUGUUUCGAGUGUGCUCUAAAAUUCCUCACUAGGAAUGCUUACAUUGAGACAGCCAUAUACGGAUGCAACUUUUGCACAGGCGGAAAGAAAGCGUUCCAAGUUUUGUCCAGCAACAUUUUGCGAGUAGCGGCGAUUAACAGCGUUGGUGACUUCGUAUUGUUUUUGGGAAAAGUCCUCGUCGUCACUCUUACGGUUGUUUCGGGGAUUUAUUUGAUGCAGGUACAGAAGAAAGAAGGACUCAAUCAUCCUUGGAUACCAAUCACUCUUGCGGGGAUAAUCGCAUUCCUGGUCGCGCAUUGCUUCAUAUCCAUCUACGAGAUGAUCAUUGACACGAUAUUUAUAUGCUUCUGCGAGGACUGCGAGAAAAAUGACGGCAUCAACCGACCUUAUUUCAUGAGCCGCGGUUUGAUGGAAUUCGUGGAGAACAGCAAGAAAGCUUUGAGGCAGCUGGAACAACAAGGUGCCACAUAACAAGCGUUAAGCAUUAGAUUUCUUUUUCUUUUUUAAAGAAUGCAUUGUGGAUUGUUUCGAAAAUUUUUCAAUUUUUGGCCAGUGUAACGAUCGGUGUAGAACAUACGCAGGAUAGAAUGUUACUGUAUGUUCUUUUAAUGUAUACAUCUUCGGGAGAUAAUCGUGAAAUUGCGAAAAGGAAACAGAAAUAGCUUCUUUUCCCAUACGCACAAGCUGUCUUCUGAACAUGCAACACAGUUAUCAAAGUCGUUCCACAUCAAUGAUGCAAGAUAAUGCGCACAAUCGAUUGCUUCGAUCAAUCCGACGGACUGACUACAUUACGAGGAAUGUUACGAAUCAUUCUAUUUUCGAAGUUCCUAUUUCUAAAAAUAUUUUUUUAUAUGAUAAAAUAGCUUUUCUACAUAAACUUAGCCGAGAUAGAUGUGACGCCCGCCACAAUUGUUGCGAAUACGCUGAUUUCACAGCCUCAACUUACGACGCGUAUUCUUCGUACACGUGUAACUCUUCGACAGAAGUGAUUAAGGAACAAAUUAAUUUAUAAGACGCCGAUUCUAGAGUAUAAGUUUAUAAAGUUAUAUCGUUACGAUUGUACCCGUUCUCUGUCACUGUAAAUAUUUCUUUUUUUAUAAAGUGCCUACGACGGAUAAAGUUUUCAUUUUGAUACAUAUGCCGUAUAAGAUUAUAACUGCUCUGAUACUAAUGAUAUAGCUGUACUAUUUUGGAAGCGAAAUAUGUAUGAGAUUAAUAUUAUAUUGUACGUUAUCAACGGACAAAACUCACAAAUAAAAAAGUUUAUGACAUAAGCCUAA